AUGGCUGCCACCGCACCCUUUGAGGCUGCCAGACUCAUGGUCAAGGAGGCCGUGACCGGUGCCUCGUCGUUGAGCUCAAUCACGACGCUCCGCGGGAGCAUAGAGAGAGUAAUGGAGACGACCGGCGUGCACGGCUACGUCCUGGACGCGCUCGCGUGGCUGCCCCCCGAGGUGGUGCUGGUGCUGGACAGCGUGCACAUCUGGUUCCCGCUGCUCACGCUGUUCGCUUUCUUCUUCUUCGGACCCGCCGCGGCGCACCAGGGCAGCAGGGUGGGCAACCGCGCGUGGCUCGCGUUCUCGACGGCGGUGACCGUCAGGCAGCUCGUGCUGUGGUUCGUUGGGCUCCCACCGGUCAAGGGAAUGCUUCUCGCCGUGGGCCUGGAAAUCAUACCCGCGCGUAGACGGCGGGCGUCGAGGCCCAGAACCACACCGGGUGUCGGAUCCGCGCCGAGCACUUGCAUCGCGGCCAAGUACGAGCCAGUGAGCAACGUACCCACCGCCUUCUCCAGCCGCGUCGAGGGGGAGGUGCAGCAGAAGGACUACAGGGAGUUCAAGGAGCGCAUGGAGGGCAUGCCCGCGAGGCUACCCCCGGUUGAGGCCAACGGCGAGUGGUCGGAGAUGAUGAACAAGAGCGGCGUCGGGUUCUCCUACCGCGCGUGGAGGCACGUGCUCCCUUACGGCGGCACGGAGUACCUCUCCCGCACCGUGUUCGAGAACGCCACGGUGGAGGAGAUGUGCGACUUUUUCAACGACGACGACGUGAGGGCCUCGUGGGACAGGCUGCUGUUCCGCCACAGGGUUCUGGAGAGGGACGACAGGACGGGCGCCGAGUGCGUGUUCUGGGAACGCGCGCUGCCGGUCAUCUCCAACCGCGAUUACGUCUUCACGAGGCGGACGUGGAAAGACGGGGAGACGUACUGGGCCAUCACCAAGGGGUGCGUGCACUCGCAGACGCCGGUGUCGCCCAACCUGAAGAGGGUGGAGCCUUACUUUUCGUCGUGGCGCAUGCGCGCGGUGCCCGGCCCGGAUGGGAGGCUGACGAGCGCGGAGUGCAUCCUGAGCCACUUCGAGGAGCAGCACGUGAACCAGGACGUGGCGCGGUUCGCGGUUAAGUGCGGCAUGUGGGGCGUCGUCAAGAACAUGGACGUCGGGUUCAGGAAGUUUCAGAAGGAACGCGUCGGGUCGGCGCCGGCGGGGGGUGCGAUUUCGAGGACGUCAUCGGGUCCCGGCGGCGUGGACGGCGCGACGGGCCAGACGGUCGUGACUCCCGGCGGAUCUGCAGACGGAAACGGCACAAACCUGGGAGGAGGUCUGGCGAGGAAGAUCGCGUUCGGGACGUGCGUGGCGGCGGUGGGUGCGCUCGCGGCGGCGUUGGAUGCGAAGAGCAGGUCUCAAAAGGGCGGAAAAGUCUCCGGGCCUCGGGGAGGACGCCGACGGACUUUUUCGCACGUUCACUCGCACAAGGGCGCGCGGCGACGGGUCCGAGGGAGGGACCUCGAUCUCGAACGAGACGACGUUGUGGAAGAGGAGUCGGCUGAGCUCACCCGAGUCGAUGCCGAGGAGCCCGGCGCGGCGCCCGCGGAGGUUUCUGAACAGUAG